GUCGACCCCUGACGGCAACAUUUGAACACUUACGAGCGGAUUCUAAGAAUUUUCGAAUUUUCCAUUUAACUGUGUUGAGAUGCUUAUAACUAGUCAAACCUUGUUCAAUUAUUCCAAAUUUCAAUAAACCAGUGCCGGAAAGGGAAUUGGAUAGUAGAGAUGUUUACAAUAAAAAUACUACUUUAGUCUAAUCUAGCGCGGAGCGACUUAAAUUUAGAAACACAGGCGACUCGAUUCGCUAGUCCAUGGCUCGUCCCAAGAUGCGUCGGUAGCGCCUAAAAAAAAACAUCCUCCAUCGCAGAAUAUCGAGAGUGACUCGAAGAUACAUCCGGGGUGCUAGGAAAAAGAAGAGAAACUCAACAUGGAUCCGGAGGCGUUCUUGGACAUCGCCAACCAGGUGGUGAAGCUGAAGAUGUUUCCCUACUUCGACAUAGCCCACUGCGCGCUGUGCGCACUCUCGGUCAGAGAAGACCUAGGAAGCGGAGCCCAAGCGUUUUCAAGGAAGCACCCCUUGGCAUGUUGGCUGUCCUACAUGUUGGUGGUAUUCGCAGGGGGGAUGGUGGCCAACGGACUCCUAGCAGAACCAAUUUUGGCGCCACUGAAAAACACCCCACAGCUCCUAGUAGCAACACUUGUAUGGUAUGUGGUGUUCUACACUCCGAUGGACUUGGGCUACAAACUGGUGAAAUUUCUGCCCGUCAAAAUCAUCUUUUCGGCCAUGAAGGAAAUCUACAGGUGCAAAAAGGUGUAUGACGGCGUCACGCACGCCGCCAAACUCUAUCCCAACGCCUACCUGAUCAUGGUCAUCGUCGGCACGCUGAAGGGCAACGGGGCUGGCUUCACCAGAUUGGUCGAGAGGCUGAUCAGGGGUGUGUGGACGCCCACCGCGAUGGAAUUCAUGCAGCCCAGUUUCUACACGAAAGCUUCCUUGGUGGCCUCCAUAAUCUUCAUACUGGACAAGAAAACUGAAUUGAUCUCAGCGCCCCACGCCUUGGUGUACUUCGGGAUUGUGAUAUUCUUCGUGUACUUCAAAUUGUCGUCCAUCAUUCUCGGCAUCCAUGACCCUUUCAUUCCAUUCGAAAAUUUGAUGUGCGCUCUUUUCUUUGGCGGAAUCUGGGACAGCUUGGCCAAAAUUUUCGGCAGAGGUCAACUAAAGGAAGGCGAGACUAAAGAUGUGAAGAAAACUAAUUGAAUGUGACAAUAUACUGAGAAAGCUGGAUUUGAUGAACGUGCGGAUUAUCAAAUUCAUCUAUCUUGAGGCAGCAUUUCAUUUUGAACUGUAAAAAUCAUCAAAUCAUCAGAAAAAGAAUCAUUGUACCAAAAGAAUAUUUAUUAA